AUGGUGGAUGAAUCGCCGUUCCACCUCAUUGGCACGUUCCCCGGGCCCGAGAGCUCGCCGUUUGAAAAAGGGCUGUUCCAGGUGGACAUUCUCGUGCCGGAAGGCUAUCCAUUCCAGCCGCUCAAGAUGCGCUUCAUUUCCAAGGUGUAUCACCCCAACGUGUCGUCCCAGAGCGGCGCGAUCUGCCUCGAUAUCCUCAAGGAUCAAUGGACCCCGAUCUACACGCUGAAAUCGACGCUGCUCUCGCUGCGAUCGCUGCUCUGCUCGCCGGAGCCAAAUGACCCACAGGAUGCAGAAGUGGCCAAACACUUCCUCAACGACCAGGCGUCCUACGAGCAGACUGCGCGGGAGUGGACGGAAAAGUACGCCGCCCCCGGCGCGUCGCAGGAGACGACCUCUGACAAGGCGCAUGGACUGCGGGAUGAGGAUAUUGCGCGCUUCAUCGGCAUGGGAUUCGCACGCGAAAAGGUGGUCGACGUGCUCGACCGCCUCGACUACCGUGGCGAACGCACGCAAGAAAUCACCGACGACGCGGUGACCGGCGCGCUGCUGAGCGAAUAA